AUGAGAAAAAAAAGUGAAAUUCCCAAACUACCAACGCCUCUUAGAAGGAUACCUAAAAAUAGAGGAAUGGUUGUAAGAAACACUAGUGAAAUAAACCCUUUAUCUGAAAAGGAAAUAAAAAAUGUUAUAGAAGUAUAUUCAGGGGCUAAUAAAGCCUACUAUGAAAAUUAUAUAAAAAAUGAAACCGCUAAAAAAAAAAAAAAAAAAAAAAAUUUUAAAAAAAGUAAAAGUAAGAAAUUUGAUUCAUUGAGUCUUAAUCCAUUGAAUUAUAGAAAUAAAAAUUUUGAAGAAAAUAAAACACUUUUACAUUUACCAGGAUCGAAUAUCACUCCAAAUUAUACGCUUCAGAGCCAAACAGUGCAAUAUGCAGUAUCAUCAAUGCCAUAUGAAACACUCCAUAAAUCUAAUCCAGUGUCGUGGGGAUGCAAUUAUACAAAUCAUUAUGAGCUUCCAACGAUUUGUUCCAUUGUAAAAUCAAAACAUCCGAUAUAUUCACAAGCGAAUAACGGAAAAACUCAAAGAAAUGUUUCGAAAAAUAACAAUAAAAAAAAAGGUGAAAAGAAAAAAAAAAAUAUUGACUUAUUUGAAAAAGCUGAAGUUCAUGUUAAUAAUGCCCAAAUUAAAGAAGCUCCUACUUUCGGAAAUUACAUAGAUGAAUUUUCAGAUUUUAUAAACGAUAAAAAUCAAACAAAUGAUUUCUCAGAUGAGAAUUGCAGCGAUAUAGAUGCCUUCAUAAAAAAUAGUAAAGAUUCAGACAGAAGUAAAAGUAUUGUAGACAAGACAUAUAUUUAUUCUGAUUUUUAUCACGAUUUAAAAAACUCUCAUCUUAAAAAUAGCAUAAAUAAUUACAAUUUUACGCUAAAAGGAAAUGAUGCCAUUACAGAAAACAAAACUGACUCUUCCAAUAUUACAUAUAAGGAUCAAAAUGACACACUUCAUAGUAAUAAAGAAUUAAAUGAUGGAAAUUUUAAGAACUAUACUAAGCUUAAUAAUGUAUCCUCUGACAAUCUUGCAGAUAAUAAUUUGUCGAACUCUACACUACCUAAAUUGAACAAUUUAUGCCCAUAUAUGGAAAAUGAUAAUGCUGAGAAUAAAUAUUUUAAUUAUACUGUUUCUGAUUGCUCAAAUUAUUCUAAUAACAAACAUAAUAUGGGGAAUUAUUAUAAUAAAAUAGAGGAUAAUGUUGUAAAUUCGCAUAAUAUAGAGAAAUAUGACCAUCAUUACAACUGUAAUGAAAUCCAAAACAAACGCUCAUCAAAAAAAAUACCUACAAAAGGAUGCGAAUCAAUCACCAAAAACAAGAAAUUUAAUGAUAUUCAUGUAUUAAAAAAAAAAUCAAAAGAAACUGUUUUAUCUAGUAUACCUCCUCAUAAUGAAAUAAAAAAUGAGAGAAAAAGCAAAACUAAUAUUUGUGGAUUAAAUAAAAAUAUGGAUGUUAAGAAAAAAAAACAAAAAAAUAACAAAUUAAAAAAGAAUAAUUCAGUAAAUAAUAAUUUAGAUAAUGACGAAAAUAUAUCAAAUGAAUGCUCCUAUAACAAAUGUAAACAAAAUUCUAAAGAAAAGUCUUCAAAACCCCCCCAAAAAAAUUCAAAAAUUAAUAAAUUACAAAAUGAUUAUACACAGAAUGCUAUUUUGAAUAAUGAGACAUCUAAUUCUAUGUUAAAAUCCCAAGUAGAUAACAAUUCAAAUAUUCAUCAAAGUGAUGCCUGCAUGGAUCAAAAUUUAGAAUCUAAGAAAACUAUUUAUGAUCUUGCAAAAAAUCAUCAAAAAUAUUUAUGUAAAAUAGAUAAAUUUCCAAAUGAACAUUUUCCUGUAAAUAACAAAGUGGAUAAUUUUAUGCAUAAAAGCAUUCCAAUAAAUGGCAUAGAAAUGAUCAAUGGAAAUAAAAUUAAUGCAAAUGGAUCGCCAACCUGUGUAUAUAUAGUUCAAGAAGAAAAUCAUAAACCCCAAUUUGAUAUACACAAUAUGAAUAAUAAUAUACCUACUGAAAACGAAAAUAACCCUUCAUAUAACAAUAUAGACAAACUUAACCCUAUAUUAGAUAAUUCUAAUUUAUACAAUCAAGAAUAUAGUAAAAGAAUAUAUCAAACAACUCCUAUACCACAAAAUAAACAAAAUUAUAUAAUUAAAGAUUAUAAUACACCGGCAUUGACAAAUUCCAUUCCGAAUAAACAACCCCAAACAGCGCAAAUGCCUGAUGAAUUGAAUAGAGCUCUCCCUCCAAUAUAUAUAAUUCCAAUACAAGCGCAUGCGCUACAUAAACCCCCCAAAAUUACAACUGAAACCGCACAUAUGUCUGUAGCACCCAUUAAUCGUUCAAUGUCACAAACACUUACACACAUUAUACCACCUCAAAUUCCAGUAUCACAAGGACUUACUCAUGUAACACAAUCUCAAAUUCCAUUAUCACAGACCCUUCCUCCUAUGACUCAGACAAAAAUAUCGUUAAUACAAGCGCAAGCAUCCAUGGCAUCAUCUAGUGCUUCUAAUGGAAAUAACAACUUUAGAUUAAUAAGGGAUUUAUCUUCUCAACUUUAUAACAAACCUGCUCAUUUACCAGCUCCCUUUAUAGAAAAACCGAUUAUUAUAGAUAAUACCUCAUUAAUGUGCGCAUAUCCAAAUGCAGAGCAUCUUAACAUUGAUAAAACCUCAAACUUGAUUGAUUUAUCAAAAAGAAUGCCCGAAUUUAAGAAUAAUAAUACUGAGAAUAGUUCAUAUGUUUUUCAAAAUAAUGCACAAUAUAAUGUAGAUAACUGUUUUAUAAAAUCGAUUACUCCAAAUAUUAAUGCAUCUUAUAAUAACAAAAUCGAAAAUAAUAUUUAUGAUUUAAAAAAUAUACAAUAUUCCGAUAACGUAAAUACAAUGCUUAUAAAUAAUAAUAAUGAUAUUAUUGAUAAUCAAAAUAUUAAUAAUAAUAAAAACAGUAUAUAUAUAGAUCGGGCUAAAAUUGAUGAUAUGGGGAUGAACUUUGUAAAAUUAGAUCAGGUAUCAUCAAAUCGACUUAAUGGAUAUAUAAAUGAACAUAAUACAAGUGUAAAAAAUGAAAAUUCAAAUAUGCGUUAUAUAAAUAUAUAUCCACAUAGCGAGAAUGAAAAUGUUAGUUGUAAUAUUAUAAAUCCAAAUGAUAAUUUAAAAUUUAAUUUAAAUCGCGGAUUAGGUACUGCUGGUAUUUUUCAAUGUAAUCAUUCUCAGCAAGCAAUCAAUAAAAAUUGUGCGAAUAAGUUAAAUUUAGGAGAAGUGAUUAAAAAUUCGAAUAACAAUUUGUUAAAUUUACAAAAUAAAGAAUUAAUGAACAUUUUGAAUGAUAACAACAAUGAUAAAUCAGACAAUAAGAACAAGCUGAUGAGAGACAAUAAUAGAAGCAAUAUAUUAAAUAUUCAAAAUGAAAAUAAAAUAAAUGAAACAAAUUCUCAAAAUAUUUUAGAAGGUUCAAGAAAUUCAUUUUCGUGUAUGAAUGUAAAUCCUAGUUAUACAAACAAUGGAAUUAUAAGGAACACUGAUCAAUUAAUACAAAACAAUUCAUAUGCAUCACGCCAUUUAAACUAG